CCAGGCCACCCGCCGUCGUCCGCAACGGUCUACCCAGCGUUUCCCGAACGUUUCAAAAAUCGAGUACCCUGCGAGGCCUGAACGUCCUCACUUUCUCUACCUUUGCUCGAGCUCCCCCUUCUUGCUCCCCUUGUCGAGUCGCCAUCUGAAUCCAUUUGAACCCUUUCGUCCCGGACUCGCGUGAUCAACCAUGUCGACCUCUGCGCGCCGUCGAUUGAUGAGAGACUUCAAGCGGAUGCAAACCGACCCUCCUGCCGGGGUCUCUGCUUCUCCAGUUGCGGAUAAUGUCAUGACAUGGAAUGCCGUCAUUAUUGGUCCCGCAGACACCCCCUUUGAGGACGGGACCUUCCGACUCGUGAUGCACUUCGAAGAGCAGUACCCCAAUAAGCCUCCCGGCGUCAAGUUUGUCAGCAAGAUGUUCCAUCCCAACGUCUACGGAACUGGCGAAUUGUGCCUCGACAUCCUCCAGAACCGUUGGAGCCCGACGUACGACGUAGCGGCGAUAUUAACCAGCAUUCAAAGCUUGCUGAAUGACCCAAACACCUCCUCUCCCGCGAACGUGGAGGCAUCCAACCUAUACAAGGAUAACCGAAAGGAGUACGCAAAGCGUGUGCGCGAAACUGUCGAGAAGAGCUGGGAGGAUUGA